CUCUCGGAAGCUGCAGCCAUGAUGGAAGUUUGAGAGUUGAGCCGCUGUAAGGCGAGGCCGGGCUCAGGCGAGGGAGAUGAGAGACGGCGGCGGCCGCGGCCCAGAGCCCCUCUCAGCGCCUGUGAGCAGCCGCGGGGGCAGCGCCCUCGGCGAGCCGGCCGGCCGGCGGCGGCUACAGCGGCGGCGUUCCUCGCCUCCUCUCCGUCGCCUUUGCUAACCGUGCAGCCUCGUCCUCGGCUUCUCCUGAAAGGGAAGGUGGAAGCCGUGGGCUCGAGAGGGAGCCGGCGGCGGCGCGGCGGCGGCGGCACCUCCCGCUCCUGGAGCGGGGGGCAGAAGCGGCGGCGGCCGCGGCGGCUGCAGCUCCGGGGAGGGGGUCGGAGUCGCCUGUCACCAUUUCCAGGGCUGGGAACGCCGGAGAGUUGGUCUCUCCCCUUCUCCUGCCUCCAACACGGCGGCGGCGGCGGCGGCGGCACAUCCAGGGACCCGGGCCGGUUUUGAACGUCCCCUCCGCCGCCGCCGCCGCACCCCCCCUGGCCCGGGCUCUGGAGACCGUCGGGGUCGGCAGCCGUUCCGAGGAUUAUUCGUCUUCUCCCCGUUCCGUUGCCGCCGCCGCCAGGCCUCUGGCUCUUGAGGAGAAGCAGGCCCAGCCGCUGCAACCAUCCAGCAGCCGCCGCAGCAGCCAUUACCCGGCUGCGGUCCAGGGCCAGGCGGCAGCCGAGCGAGGGGCAUCAGCCACCGCCAAGUCCAGAGCCAUUUCCAUCCUGCAGAAGAAGCCCCGCCACCAGCAGCUUCUGCCAUCUCUGUCCUCCUUUUUCUUCAGCCACAGGCUCCCAGACAUGACAGCCAUCAUCAAAGAGAUCGUUAGCAGAAACAAAAGGAGAUACCAAGAGGAUGGAUUCGACUUAGACUUGACCUAUAUUUAUCCAAACAUUAUUGCAAUGGGGUUUCCUGCAGAAAGACUUGAAGGUGUAUACAGGAACAACAUUGAUGAUGUAGUAAGGUUUUUGGAUUCAAAGCAUAAAAACCAUUACAAGAUAUACAAUCUAUGUGCUGAGAGACAUUAUGACACCGCCAAAUUUAACUGCAGAGUUGCACAGUAUCCUUUUGAAGACCAUAACCCACCACAGCUAGAGCUUAUCAAACCCUUUUGCGAAGAUCUUGACCAAUGGCUAAGUGAAGAUGACAAUCAUGUUGCAGCAAUUCAUUGUAAAGCUGGGAAGGGACGGACUGGUGUAAUGAUUUGUGCAUAUUUGUUACAUCGGGGCAAAUUUUUAAAGGCACAAGAGGCCCUAGAUUUUUAUGGGGAAGUAAGGACCAGAGAUAAAAAGGGAGUAACUAUUCCCAGUCAGAGGCGUUAUGUGUAUUAUUAUAGCUACCUGUUAAAGAAUCAUCUGGAUUAUAGACCAGUGGCACUGUUGUUUCACAAGAUGAUGUUUGAAACUAUUCCAAUGUUCAGUGGCGGAACUUGCAAUCCUCAGUUCGUGGUCUGCCAGCUAAAGGUGAAGAUAUAUUCCUCCACUUCAGGACCCACACGUCGGGAAGACAAGUUCAUGUACUUUGAAUUUCCUCAGCCAUUACCUGUGUGUGGUGACAUUAAAGUAGAGUUCUUCCACAAACAGAACAAGAUGCUAAAAAAGGACAAAAUGUUUCACUUUUGGGUAAAUACAUUCUUCAUACCAGGACCAGAGGAAACCUCAGAAAAAGUAGAAAAUGGAAGUCUGUGUGAUCAAGAAAUUGAUAGUAUUUGCAGUAUAGAGCGUGCAGAUAAUGACAAGGAAUAUCUAGUACUUACUUUAACAAAAAAUGAUCUUGACAAAGCAAAUAAAGACAAGGCCAACCGAUACUUUUCUCCAAAUUUUAAGGUGAAGCUUUACUUCACAAAAACAGUAGAGGAGCCUUCAAAUCCAGAGGCUAGCAGUUCAACUUCUGUAACUCCAGAUGUUAGUGACAAUGAACCUGAUCAUUAUAGAUACUCUGACACCACUGACUCUGAUCCAGAGAAUGAACCUUUUGAUGAAGAUCAGCAUACACAAAUUACAAAAGUCUGAUUUUUUUUUUAUCAAGAGGGAAUAAAACACCAUAAAAAAACUUGAAUAAACUGAAAAUGGACCUUUUUUUUUUUUUGAAAUGGCAAUAGGACAUUGUGUCAGAUUAUAGGAACAAUUCUCUUUUCCUGACCAAUUUUGUUUUACCCUAUACAUCCACAGGGUUUUGACACUUGUUGUCCAGUUGAAAAAAAAAAAAAAAGAUUGUGUAGCUAUGUCAUGUAUAUACCUUUUUGUGUCAAAAGGACAUUUAAAAAUUCAAUUAGGAUAAAUAAAGAUGGCACUUUCCCAUUUUA